AGGCGCGCUCGACCUCUCGGCGCUCGCCUGCUCGGGUCUGGCGGCGGCGGCGAGGCUAGACCGGGUCCGGCGCGUGCGGCGAGGCCUCCGGGCGGCAUGGAGGGGCCGGGGGCUGCUGCGCGGGGGAACGUCUCCCUGCACAACUUCAGCGCGAGGCUGUGGGAGCAGCUCGUCCACUUCCACGUCAUGCGGCUGACGGACUCGCUCUUCCUGUGGGUGGGGGCCACGCCGCACCUGCGCAACCUCUCCGUGGCCAUGUGCACCCGCUACGACCCCAUCCCAGUGUCCACUGCCCUCCUUGGGGACAUGUCCGACACGACGUCCACCGGCCUCGCCCAGCGCUUAGCCAGGAAGACCAGCAAACAGGUGUUUGUCAGCUAUAACCUUCCAAACACCGACAGCAGCUUCACGUUGCUGGUAGAAAACAGGAUCAAGGAGGAAAUGGAGGCCUUUCCCGAGAAGUUCUAGCCGAGGCAGCAGCAAGGACGCGGAUGUGCGCACCCGGACGGACGUCUGAAUAAACGCAUGGGGUCUCGCCAGCCGUCA